AUGGGCAACGCGUUCGCGUGCAUGCCGCGCAAGGAGCACCGGGGCGCGGCCGCGGUGUCGCGCAGCAAGCGCAUGGGGAGCGCGCGCCCGCCGCGCGGCGGGGCGGCCAAGCUCACGCCGGCGGAGGAGGAGCUGCUGCACCGCCAGGCGCUCGCCAUGGCCAUCCACCAGCACCUCGACGCCGGAGGCUCCAUGUCGCGCCGCAUCGACGCCGGCGGCGGCUCCAUGUCCCGCCGAAUCGGCCCCGGCUCCACCAGCUCCCGGCGACACGGCAACCUCCCGGACUCCGUCACCAAUGCCAAGGCUGUCCAAAUUGUUUUAGAGAACUUAGAAACCAAGAAAGUCGUUCUUGUCCAUGGGGAAGGAUUUGGCGCUUGGUGUUGGUACAAGACCAUCUCCCUGUUGGAGGAAGCUGGUCUCGAUCCUGUUGCCUUAGACCUCACAGGCUCUGGCAUAGACCACACUGAUACAAACGGCAUAGCUACAUUGGAAGAGUACUCCAAGCCACUAAUUGAUUACCUCAGUAAACUCCCUGAGAACGAGAAGGUAGUUUUGGUCGGUCAUAGUUGUGGAGGUGCAAGUGUGUCGUAUGCCCUAGAACACUGCCCAAAUAAGAUCUCCAAGGCCGUAUUCCUUACCGCCACAAUGGUAAAGGAUAGCCAGAGACCCUUCGACGUGUUCUCUGAAGAGCUCGCGUCGGCAGAUGUUUUCUUGCAAGAAUCACAGUAUUUACUUUACGGAAAUGGGAAGGACAAGCCUCCAACUGGGCUCAGGUUUGACAAACAGCAGAUCAAGGGGUUAUAUUUCAACCAAAGUCCUUCCAAGGAUAUCGCACUGGCCACUGUGUCCAUGCGGCCCAUCCCCUUGGCCCCGAUCAUGGAGAAGCUCUCCCUCACGGCGGAGAACUACGGCAGCGUCCGCCGCUACUUCAUUCAGACGCUGGACGACAGGAUGCUGUCGCCCGACGUCCAGGAGAAGCUGGUCCGGGAGAGCCCGCCUGACGGCAUCUUCAAGAUAAAGGGCGGCGACCACUGCCCCUUCUUCUCGAAACCGCAGUCCCUCCACAAGAUCCUUCUCGAGAUCGUGCAGAUCCAAGCGCCGGGGGCGCUGUUCCCGGGCAAAGCAGAAACCCUAGAAGAAGAAGAGGAGAGCGCCGAGAAAUCAUCAUGA